AUGGGUCAGAAAACUAUGAGUAAGCACAUCUCAAGACCUUUUGUGGAAUUAGGAAAGAAGGAAAUAAAUAAAAAGUUUAGCAUAUUUCACUUUGUGUUACUUCCGCAAAGCUUCACUAACUUUAAGUUGAGAUUCUUUGAACAAUCGAGGCGACUAACUUUUAUUGUUCUUUCACUUCAAUUUCUGAGCAUGUUUGGCAAACAAGUCCACGGUGCAUAUUGCUUCACUAUUCAGAAUGAAUUUUCAAAAUUGCUUGCACAUAGAAUACAAAAUAGAUUGAAUUUAAAUAUUUAA